AUGACCACCUCCCCAUUCCCUCGUACAUCCUCUCCCCCCGCCAGCCUGGCCGACUCAGAAGACCAACCCACCCACACCAUCACAGCCCCCUCCGCCUCCGUCUCCCUAACCCACUCCCCCCUCUCCAUCCCGACCGCCACAACCUUCGUGCGCUCCCCCUCCGCGGGCGCAAGCGUCCUCUUCGCCGGCUCCACUCGUGACAACUUCGAAUCCAAACCCGUCCUACGUCUGACCUAUAGCGCCUACAUUCCCCUCGCUUUGCGAACACUCCUCACCAUUGCGAUUGCGGUGAAAGAGAAACACGCUCUUGCGGCGAUAUAUAUCGUGCAUAGACUGGGCGAGUGUCCGGUCGGCGAGGAAAGUGUGCUGGUGGCGGUCAGUGCACCGCAUAGGGGUGCGGCGUGGAGGGGUGGGGAGGAAGCGCUUGAGAGGGUGAAGGGGGAGGUGGAGAUUUGGAAGAGGGAGAUUUUUGAGGGGGAGGAUGGGGCCGAGGGCGAGGGGGUUUGGAGGGCCAAUGCUGAGGACGGGCAGGGGCAGAGGGCGCAGGCAAAUGG